UUGGCUCAGGCUGUGCGCUCGGGGUUUGACUGGUGAGGUCUGGGAAGAUGGCCUCCUCGGAUCAGGUUGAGCUGCCCGGCGGCCAGAGUGGUUCUUCUCUGGGGAAUGAGAAAGUGGUGCCACGCGAACCCCUGAUUGCUACAGCUGUGAAGUUUCUUCAAAACCCUCGGGUCCGUCAGAGUCCGGUAUCCACCAGGAAGGACUUCCUGAAAAGAAAAGGCUUAACGGAUGAGGAGAUUGAGUUGGCACUGCAGCAGUCUGGCACGGCACAUGAUGACCCUCAACCGCUGGCGGCCGCUGUUGGUGUCCCCCGUCAUGGUCCGCCUCCUCAACUGGCUGUGCAGCCGUACAAUCCCCCCGGCUCUCGCUGGAAGGAAUAUGGAGCUUUGGCCAUCAUUCUGGCAGGAAUUGCCUUUGGAUUCCACCAGCUUUAUAAGAGAUACCUGCUUCCACUGAUUAUCGGUGGCAAGGAGAGCCGCAAGCAGCUGCAGCGCAUCGAGACCUCCGUGUCAGAGAUGAGUGGCAGCCUCACGCAGACAGUGACUCAGCUCCAGACCACGCUGGCUGCAGUGCAGGAAUUGCUAUGCCAACAACAACUGAAGAUCCAGGAGCUUUCCCAGGAACUGGCAGCAUCUAAGGUAUCCAAUUCCACCAACACCAUCCUGGAAUCACAAAAUCUCCAAGAAUUAAAAUCUGAAAUUUACUCACUGAAGGGACUGCUCCUGAACAGGAGGCAGUUUCCUCCGUCUCCGUCUGCACCAAAGAUCCCCUCUUGGCAGAUUUCUGUGAAACCACCAACCCUUUCCGGCUCGGCUGUCCUGAACCACAACAGCAGCAGCGACAUAUCCCCAGUCAGCAACGAGUCCGGCUCUUCUUCCCCAGCAAAGGAGAUUCACAGUCCCGACGGAUCCAAUAUCAACUCUCACCAUAUGGGUCCCAAUGGAGAGGAAGAGCCAGAGAUCGACGUGCAGACUCAAGUACGUAUGGAAGUGCAAGGAGAAGAGGAGGAAGAGGAAGAUGUUGGCCGGGCUGAUGAAGAGGAUCACAUUACAGUCCAGACUGAAGACCGAAGAGGAGGGGAUGGACAAAUCAACGAGCAAGUAGAGAAAUUGCGUCGACCUGAAGGUGCCAGCAAUGAAAAGGACUAAACGAAAUGCCAGUUAUUCAUCCAAGUCGCUGUUCAGUCUCUCACCUUCCUAACACCUUUUGGGAUUACCCCCCUGGAGUUGUAACAACGCAAAACUUGGCGAGACCUCUUGCGAUUAAGAUAGUCAAGACGUUUGCAGCAAAAUAGAUCUUCUCAUAUUGGCAUAUAGUGCCGUGAAAGCUACUGUGCAUCGCACUGUCUAUCUUGUGUCUGCACAAUAAUCUCUAAGUGUUUGUAAAUAGCAAGGGGUCAGUAUGAUUUCCUUUCAACACCUUCAGUUAUUUCCUACCAGUUCCCUCGAAAUCCUUGACACGAGGUCUACCUCGAGCAAGGAAACACGACAAUACAAGGGAGGAGGAUGUUGCACAUUGUAUACAAUAUCCUUAAUUACCGGCCUGCCCUCUCCUUUCUGAACUAGAGAUCAAAGAGAAAACACAAUGAUUCCAGUAAUUAAUGAAUGAAAAUCAAUCUUUAACUUAAUGUUGUAAGCACGCUAAAGUGAUGUCUUUUGACCUGGAAUUCACACUCUGCAUAACGCAGGCCACGAGCCGUAGACUGGCUGUCCAUGUUUAUCCAGGAACUUUUGCAGGAGUGUCCAAAGCAGAGUCCCACAUUUUCUAAAUCCAGUCGAGAACACAAUGUGCACCUAGUAUUAUAGAUAUUGCCAGCUGCUUUACAAACUGCUCCCUGUAUUCAGACCCACUGCUGAUCCUUCACGGAAGAUCAUUUACUACAUCCCUGCUCCUCAAUUAACGCAAAAUCUCACUUUCCCAUGCAUUGUCUGUCACACCGAACACUACCACGUAUGUCUUGUCUAAGUGUUAAUUCUCAUAUUGCAGGCAGGGGUCCAAACUUGCUUUAUGGUCCUGCUGAUUCGGGAGUUCUCCUGCAUCACCUAAUAGCGGGCAGUUGGGUUCCAUUGGUGACCGUGACAAGAUUGCAGUUUAUUGAAUCCACAUAAUUCAAAUAGUUUGGAAAACACAAAAGUAUUUCUGAACGUGAAAUAAUACAGACAGUCUGAGAUGGUGGUAAUAUGAAGCCCCCGUUUGGCAUUCAGAGUGCUAAUGAGCUAGAAUAAAGAUUACGUUGUGGCAAAUCACCUUCUGAUUUAAAAUAACAGAAAUGUUUGAAAUUCCAGAUUUUUGUUGCAGAAUCCGAUUUGUCGCUGACUGUUUUUCCUGAAAGAAAUCCCUUCCAUCCUGAUUUGAGUGCAGAGCAGAAGAUCAUUCAUUUUAUUAAACAACUGUGCGGGUUAGUGUCCUAUUGUAUAGAUUUCCAAAAAACCUCUAAUUGUACAUAAUUGUAAUAAAGCAGAGUUACGCUAUUUAA